UCCCGCUGCUCCUGCUUGCCCCACCCCAUGACGCUCUCCUUGUACCAGGUGCAAGUGAUAUUCCCAAAUGUCCAGGUGGGUCAGAGUGGGAAGUAGCUGAGCCUAGAAAGCCUACUGAGGUUGGACCGGGUGCAGGAGCCAAAGGAUGGCCGACUCGCAGGACCCACUGCAUGAACGCACUAGACGGCUGCUGUCUGACUACAUAUUCUUCUGCGCACGGGAGCCGGACACCCCAGAGCCACCGCCCACGUCUGUCGAGGCGGCCUUGCUUCGCUCUGUGACUAGGCAGAUCCAGCAGGAGCACCAAGAAUUUUUUUCCUCCUUCUGCGAAAGCCGGGGCAAUCGCCUGGAGCUGGUGAAACAGAUGGCAGAUAAGUUGCUCUCCAAAGACCAAGACUUCAGCUGGAGCCAACUGGUGAUGCUCCUGGCCUUCGCGGGGACGCUUAUGAAUCAAGGCCCUUACAUGGCUGUCAAGCAGAAGAGGGAUCUGGGGAAUCGUGUCAUAGUGACCCGAGACUGCUGUCUCAUAGUGAACUUUCUGUAUAAUCUGCUCAUGGGGCGUCGGCACCGCGCCAGGCUGGAGGCUCUCGGCGGCUGGGAUGGCUUUUGCCGCUUCUUCAAGAAUCCUUUACCGCUCGGCUUCUGGAGAAGAUUGCUGAUUCAGGCUUUUCUGUCAGGCUUCUUUGCAACAGCCAUCUUUUUUAUCUGGAAACGUUUAUAAGUUUAAAAUUUUUAAAGCGAUCUUACCUACCUACCUGUGAACCCUCUAAGGAACAAUUCUGGGUAAUUGGAUAAGAACUGAGGAAGUCCUCCAGCCUAGAGACAUUUCUACCUGCAUGCUACAUGGAGUUCUGGGUUUGUGAUGGGGCCAGCAUUUGAAAGGGGCCCAUGUAGCUUUUCGCUGCUAAGUGAGGAAAUGGUCCCCAUCACUCCAGAGAACUUCAGAAAACGCUACACACACUGACUGGAUGUCCAGCUGUCUGAAUUUGGCUGCAGGUGCAGCAGAGCCUCCCCCAUCUGUUCUGGGUUCUUGAGCUGCCAGGGUUCCAGGGCAGGGGAUCCUAAAGCUCAGAGCAAUGAGGAAUGCAAUAGGAAACUGGAAGGAAUCCCUUGAAACCUAAAUUCUUCUGUGCCUAGUUCUAAGGACUUCUGAAUUUAUAAUACUCCCCUUAAUACAUUUUUAAUAACUUCAAAUUCUUAAUAAAUGUAUGCGCUUUUUUAAAAAGGG